AUGUUAAAUUUGACUCUGGAGGGAGGACCAUGGCGAAAAGGAAGGGACUGUUAUUUUCACUUCUGUACUUUAUAGCAGGGUUUUGGCUGACUUCACAGCAAGUCCUAAGAAUUGGGGGUAUCUUUGAAACACUGGAGAAUGAGCCCAUUAGUGUUGAAGAACUGGCCUUUAAAUUUGCUGUGACCAACAUAAACAGGAACCGGACCUUAAUGCCAAACACCACGUUGACCUACGACAUCCAGAGAAUAAACUUAUUCGACAGCUUUGAGGCCUCCAGAAGAGCCUGUGACCAGUUGGCCCUGGGUGUCGGAGCCGUCUUCGGCCCCUCUCACAGCUCCUCUGUCAGUGCGGUCCAGUCUAUUUGUAACGCCCUGGAAGUCCCUCACAUCCAGACCCGCUGGAAACACCCGUCAGUGGACAACAAAGACAGCUUCUACAUCAACCUCUAUCCUGAGUACACGUCCAUCAGCAGAGCCGUGCUGGACAUCGUUCAGUACUACAAGUGGAAGACGGUCACCGUCGUCUACGAGGACGCAACUGGACUUAUCCGCUUGCAAGAAUUGAUCAAAGCUCCAUCCAGAUACAGCAUUAAAAUCAAGAUCCGCCAGCUGCCAACAGGAAGUAAAGAUGCCCGUCCUCUGUUGAAAGAGAUGAAGAAGGGGAAGGAGUUUUAUGUCAUCUUUGACUGCUCUUAUCAAACAUCAGCUGAUGUUCUCAAACAGAUCCUGUCCAUGGGGAUGAUGACUGAAUAUUACCACUUCUUUUUCACCACACUGGACCUGUUUGCCCUCGACCUGGAGCCGUACCGCUACAGCGGGGUCAACAUGACAGGCUUUAGACUGCUCAACAUAGACAGCCCUCAGGUGGCCUCGGUGGUGGAGAGGUGGGCCAUGGAGCGACUGCAGGCUCCAUCCAAACCUGAGACUGGAAUGAUGGAGGGGAUGAUGACAACCGAGGCGGCUCUGAUGUAUGACGCUGUCUACAUGGUGGCUGCUGCCUCACAACGCACCUCCCAGAUCACCGUCAGCUCCCUGCAGUGCCACAGACACAAACCGUGGCGCUUUGGAUCACGCUUCAUGAGCAUGCUCAAAGACGCACAAUGGAACGGCUUGACGGGACAAAUAGUUAUAAACAAGACAGACGGCCUGCGGAAAGAAUUUGAUUUAGAUGUCAUCAGCCUCAAGGAGGAUGGCUUGGAGAAGACCAUCGCAGGCAACAACCGCCUGAAUAAAGUGUGGAAAAAGAUUGGUGUGUGGAACUCCCAAACAGGCCUUAAUUUAACAGAAACCAACAAGGACUCAUCCACUAAUGUGACUGACUCCAUGGCCAACAGAACCCUCAUUGUCACAACUAUUCUGGAAAAUCCUUAUGUGAUGUAUAAAAAAUCAGACAAACCUCUGUAUGGAAAUGAUCGCUUUGAAGGCUACUGCCUGGACCUGCUCAAAGAGCUGUCCAACAUUUUGGGCUUCUCCUACGAGGUGAAGCUGGUGUCUGAUGGCAAAUAUGGAGCUCAGAAUGACAAAGGAGAGUGGAACGGUAUGGUGCGAGAGCUCAUUGAUCAUGUGGCUGACCUUGCUGUGGCCCCACUUACUAUCACCUAUGUAAGGGAAAAGGUGAUAGAUUUCUCCAAGCCCUUCAUGACUCUGGGGAUUAGCAUCCUCUACCACAAACCCAACGGCACUAACCCAGGAGUGUUUUCCUUUCUCAACCCUCUGUCUCCUGAUAUCUGGAUGUAUGUGUUGCUGGCAUGCCUGGGUGUCAGCUGUGUGCUGUUUGUUAUUGCCAGGUUCACUCCCUAUGAAUGGUACAACCCUCACCCCUGCAACCCAGACUCAGAUGUUGUUGAAAACAACUUCACACUGAUAAACAGUGUAUGGUUUGGAGUUGGAGCUCUUAUGCAGCAAGGAUCCGAACUGAUGCCUAAGGCCCUGUCUACAAGGAUUGUUGGUGGCAUAUGGUGGUUCUUUACACUGAUCAUAAUCUCGUCAUACACUGCCAACUUGGCUGCCUUCCUGACAGUGGAGAGGAUGGACUCACCCAUCGACUCUGCAGAUGACUUGGCCAAGCAAACCAAAAUAGAGUACGGUGCUGUAAGAGAUGGCUCCACAAUGACCUUUUUUAAGAAAUCUAAGAUUUCAACCUAUGAAAAAAUGUGGGCAUUCAUGAGUAGCAGGAAAAACACGGCUUUGGUGAAAAACAAUCGUGAGGGCAUUCAGAGGGUUCUAACAACAGACUACGCUCUACUAAUGGAGUCGACCAGCAUUGAGUACAUCAGCCAACGUAACUGCAACCUCACACAGAUUGGAGGCCUGAUAGAUUCAAAGGGUUAUGGAGUAGGUACCCCAAUUGGCUCCCCUUACAGAGACAAAGUCACCAUCGCCAUCCUGCAGCUCCAGGAGGAAGGGAAGCUACACAUGAUGAAGGAGAAAUGGUGGAGAGGUAACGGCUGCCCGGAGGAGGACAGCAAAGAGGCCAGUGCUUUGGGUGUGGAGAACAUUGGAGGAAUCUUUAUCGUGCUGGCAGCUGGACUGGUGCUCUCAGUUUUUGUUGCAAUUGGGGAAUUUAUUUACAAAUCCAGAAAGAACUUGGACAUUGAGGAGGUUAGUGUUGGUCAGUGUGAAUGGCACAACAAAUAUUAA